CGGCUACCGACCAUGUCCUCGACCGCGGCCACAGAGCCUAGCCUAACGUCCAGUCCAGCGGCAAAGAAGAAGAGCAACAAGAAGAAGAAGAAUGCGAACAAGAACAAAGAAGCAGCCCAGCCGAGCAACGGCGAUGUCAGGGUCGACAAGGACGAAGUAGACGACGAGCCGGAUACUCCAACGACUGCUGAAAUCCCGAGCAAUGCCCAUCACUCAGAGGAGCACACGACCGAGAGCAACGGGCACGCAGUAGAACCUCCAAAUCACGAGCAUAGCGAGCCCGCCGUGCAGAACCACGAUGGCGAUUCCGAUACAUCAGCGAAGCUGGAAGCCAUGGGCAAGGAGCGAGAGGCUCUCCGGGUCGAGGUCGAACAAUUGCGCAAGCAGCUGGAAAGCAUCCAAGAAAACCACCAGACCGAGAUCUCGCAGCUGCAGUCAGAACUAGAGGACAGCAAUGCCGCGAGAGAAACUGCGGAAGAGCAAUACCAGACGCUGCUAGGACGAGUCGAGAAGAUCAAAGAGACCCUGAGCGACAGGCUCAAGCGCGACAAGGCCGAGCUGGAAGAGGCAAAGGAGCAUAUUGAAGAGCUUGUCGCGCAAAACGAUGAACUGCGAAACUCGGCAGAUUCGUCCAGCGGAGAAAUAGCCAAACUCAAGGAGGAGCUUCAGGAUGCCACACGGGAGCUGACUACUCUGCGCAGUCGCAAUAACCUGUCUGCAAACAACUGGGGGAAAGAGAGGGAAGAGCUCAUCAAGGCGAUCCAGCACCUCAAAGAGGAGAUGGAGACGACUUCCAACGCCAUGGGCGAAUGGGAGGUCAUUGCCAUGGAAGAGCGUUCCAUCAAGGAGAAUCUGGGAGACAAGGUCAGCGAGCUGGAAGAGGAAAUCGCUGGUUUAAGAGAAGGAUAUGAGGCUGCCAACUCGGAGCGCGACAGCCAGGCGACACUAAUUGACAACCUCCAGAACGCUCUGCGAGAGAUCCAAGACGCUCGAAAGAAAGAGCUUCGCGAUUUGGUGGAGACUAGUGAAGCACAGCUCCAGGAACAGAAGAAACUGGUGCGCGAAGCUGUCGCAAAGGCUACAGAGGCACAGGAGGCCAAGGACGAGCUAGUAAAAGAGCUCGAGCGCACGUCUCCAUUCGAAAAGGAGGUCAAGGAAAAGAACCUUCUCAUAGGAAAGUUGCGACACGAGGCUAUUGUGCUCAAUGACCACCUCACAAAGGCUCUGCGCUACCUGAAGAAGACGAAGCCGGAAGACAAUGUUGACAGACAAGUUGUCACCAACCAUCUACUUCAUUUCCUCACGCUGGACCGGGGCGACGCCAAGCGGUUUCAAGUCUUGCAAGUCAUGGCAGGCUAUCUCAACUGGACCGACGAGCAGCGGGAACAGGCCGGGCUUGCUCGACCAGGCGGUUCCAGCACCUUGCGUCUCCCUCUCUCCCCCUUUCAGCGCACGCCCAGCUCGCCGUCACUUAGCGCAGAUAUAUUCUCGGAGCCCUCAUCCGCGAGAGACAGGGAAUCGCUGGCUGAGCUUUGGGCUGGCUUCCUAGAGCGUAGUGCACAAGAGGGAACCAGCGACGGUCCGUCUAGAAAAGGCAGCGCAAGCAGCGUGGCCACGGGUGCUGGUGUCACGAUAGGGCGGCCGGAUUCAAGGUCUUAGUAUUGUUAGAAAUGAUAGAUAUUCUAGAGCAGAAUUUAAUUUCAUCCUUAACACGAUACUCUAGCAACAGCGCCUUGCUGUAAUGAGACUUGCAGAAAUAUAUAUACAUGUAUCCAAAUUUAUCUAGCAUGCCAAAUCAAUCUAUUCUUGCUGUCGUAAAACGCCCUGCGUAUAAGUUUCUGCAUCCCGGGUGAUGUUUUGGAUAUCAAUCCUGUUGCUUAGGGCGUCAUUCACGCCAUCAAUGACUUCUCGCUCCUCCAUAACCUCUCCCAUGAGUCGAACUUCGUGCUGCCAGUAGCCUUGCGAACGGGAUCGCAAAUCUUCGUCCCGCAUGAUUGUGUUCUUUACAAUGCCAG